AUGCAGAUUGACCGCGUAAGGCGUGCCGUCAUUAGGCGAAUGCGCAACGAGCAACAUGCGUCUUUCAAGCAGAUUGCUAAAUUUCUCAACUGCUCUCGCCGGUCUGUGCACCGCAUCUGUGCAAACGAACGUGGCCGCGACGACCUCGAUGAAGACACCACAUAUCUGAAGAUGUGGGAUGCGGUGGUCACCGAUGUUGAUUCCUUUGAUGCAGCUGCAGUGCCCGCGGGAGGCUUGGCGACCACGAGUGCCCACACCAGGGAUUGCAUGACUAAGGAGGAGGAGGAUAGUGAUGACGAUGAGGUUGGAACUUCGAGCGAAGAAGCCGACGAAAACUCGGAUUACAAGGAACCUGGGUCCGGAUAUGACAGUCUGUUCGAGAGGAGGGUGUCUGCAAGACUUCGCCAUGAAGCACCACCAUUGUCAUGCACUCCAAAUGAGAAGCAAGAACCGCGAGAGCAGUCUCGCGCUAACAUAAGCGGCAUCAUCAAAUCCAAAAUCUUGACUACCGGUUCACAGACCGAAAAGGCGAAGAUGAAAGGUGUUCGUACAGCAAGAGGGGCCCGGAGGCAUUCUCACGCACAAUUCGCCUUGCAAAUGGACGCCGAGACAGGUGUGGUGCUCAACACCAUCGACGCACGGAGAGCCACGCCCACACCAACUGACGCACGGAGUCCACGUCGCCAGUCAGUACCUCUGGCUGUUGCUGUUGCGGGAACCCUCGAGGAAUCGCCAGUUGCGCGUGAGAUGGUAGCCGAACCAGGGGGCUCUGCGAACGGCAGUGCUGAACCCAAAAUUAUGCAAGUACGAUCUCAACCUUUGCUCCCACUCCAGACAGCGCAUUUGCCGGUUUCCCAAGCACCGUUGACGCAAUCCGGUUCAUCGCCGAGUACGUCUAUAGGUGUAGCAUCUCAGCGCUCCCUCGAGCCACCCCGGUUCAUACGCAAACCAUCUGCGUCGCCCCGUUUCCCGACCCCAUUGCUCGACAGCAGGCUGUCACCAGAAACACCUCUGAAACUCCAUUCACAACAUAGGGUACUCGAAUUCGCUCUUUCGCGGCGUGCGCUGCCAAUCAAACGCGCUCUGCUCGUAGACAGGGCGACCAGUACAGCCCCGCACGUUGAGACCCUACAAUCUCGACUCGUGCCUGAUGGUAGUCAAGUGUCUCUGACGAAGAGGAAACGUGAAAUUGGCGAAGACGGCGAAUGCGCAGAUGAGCAGCAACGCUCUGGGAAGUUAGAGCCCAAGCGCACCAAAUUCGCGCCAGACGUCUCGAGGACGUCAGCACAGGUAUCAGAUGUGGCUGUGACCUCUCCCCGUUCCAGUGCUGGCGCACUCGGCAAAAUCCCUCAGAUCCGAGUCAGCAGCUCUACACGCAGUCGCAAGCUGGAGGUCGAACUACCCUCGCCUCCGACCGACCACGGCAGCCACUGUGACGCUUCACGAGUCCGGAAAGUUGUCUCAAUGAUGGACACCGAACAUCCACAGACCUACAGCAAUUUCAGGAUGGCGACACCCCCUUCCGGAGCUACACCAAGCACAGUGAGCGCUGUCCGGCAGAGCCUGGACUCGGCCAACUGUGUGGAUGAAGAGACGUCUUGCGAUGUUGCCUCUGCCCACAAGCGGCCUGUGCUGUCGCCGUCACCUUCCGAUGCGAACCAGCGGGGAUCCUCUAGAGGGCAUGAGCCCAGUGGUUUGAGAUUGUCAGCUCCAGUGAAAGGGGCAACCCCGACUCUCAUCGCAGGAGGGAAUGGAGCUGGCCUCGCAGGCCCGCAUCAAGGAAGUGUCGACGAUAGCCAUUCCGCCCAGACUAUCCUGCCCAAUCCACUGCCCAAUGCUCCUACAGGGAUCGAUCCUGAUGUCGCACAAUAUGUCAAGUCGCUGGGCUUGCCGCCGGAGGUCUAUGCGAGCAAGCUAGAGCUCGUCGGCUUAAAGAACGGGAUCAUUCUGAAUGCUACGAAGAACUUCGUCCCCGAUAGCCGCAAGGAUAAACUUGAGGAGGAUCUCCAGAAGUUGGCGGGGUUGACCGUGGCCGAGUCUAUGAUUCUCAUCUCAGGAUUGAGGCGACCUGCGAAUGGGUGA